GUUUAUCGAGGCUCGAAUUGAUCGUCAAUAAAAUCCCUUGGUUUAAAUCGAUUACAAGAUGCACGAUUAUAUUUUAAGUUUAAAGAAAAGAAUAGGCAUUUAUUGUAAUAACGAAAUGUCGACAGCCAUUUUAAAGUUUCGACUAAAUUGGACAAUAACUGCGAUGUUUUUAGAAAUGUCAUUUACAUGAUUGUUUAUCCGCCAUUUUGUUUUACUGCCGUACGCGCAGUUUUUAGUGGCAUUGUGGCUUGCUUUAAUAUGAAUUUAUGUCAUUAAACUUGAUCGAAUUGGGUUUGGCACCCUUGUAUUUUAUGAUCUUACAAAAAAAACGUGUUAUUUGUAUAAUGUGAAAAUAAUAUUAUUGGGGCGAUACCAUAAUGACAAUCCGUGAGAAGGUGCCCCGUCUUUUGACCCAGCUUUCCUGACUUUUGAGGCCAAAUGGCGAUUACCAAAUAAAACGGAUGAUUUUCGCCCCAUUUGUCAAAAUGUCAGGGCAGAGCGGUGGAAAGAAAAUAUGUUUGUUUAAACUAAACGAACAAUUGACAUGUAAAUUAUGCAGUGGUUACUUCAUAGAUGCUACCACGAUCAUUGAAUGUUUGCAUUCGUUUUGUAGGAGUUGUAUAGUUAAAUAUUUGGAAAAAAGCAAAUAUUGUCCAAUUUGUGAAGUUCAGGUCCAUAAAAGUAAACCUUUGUUGAAUAUUAGACCAGAUUACACAUUGCAGAAUAUUGUUUAUAAGGUUGUACCUGGUUGCUAUCAAAACGAAAUGCGUGUUAGAAGAGAUUUUUAUUUAAAUCAUCCAGAGGAACAAAGCAAAGUUUCUCCUGAAGCGCGAGGAGAACCUAUAGAUUCGCACAUAUAUACGCAAGACGAAUCUAUCAAUCUUUCGUUGCAAUAUUUUGAUCCACAGUCAAAAGAUAACACUGAUGCGAAUCUAACAAAGGAAGCAAAAUUUUUACAACGAAGAUAUUUUCGUUGUCCAGCGGCAGUAACAGUAUUUCAUUUGCAGAAAUUAAUAAGAGCUAAAUAUGGACUCCGCGAUGUGCAUAGAGUUGACGUUAUGUUUAAAGAGGAAGCAUUAAAUGAAAGUUACACGUUAAUGGAUAUCAUGUACAUUUUUCAUUGGAGGCGGAAAGUGCCGUUACAUCUAAGUUACAGGAUAUUUGAGUCUUCUCCAAAACGAAUAAAAUUAUCAGAGGAUAAUAUUAAUUUUAAAAAGUCACUAGUUAACUCUGGAAUAGAAUGCGUAGAAGCAGAGAAUCAACAAUUAAAUCGUGAAUGGAAAGAAGUCCAAUUAAAAAUAUCUGAAACAGGUGUGAUGAGUAUUACCGAUAUAUCUAAUUCAGGGUUAAAGAGAAGUACAAGAAUAGAAGAAGUGAGAGAUCAAGUAGGUCUGGAAGGAAUUAUAUCGACUGUUGAAACUGCACAGAAAUCUGAUACUUUAAUGACAAAUCUAAGUUGUAAUAAGGCUAUCGAAGAUACAACACAAACUAUGCUAGGAAACGACAUGCGUGUUAUAAAGAGUUCCGAUAUUUUUUUGAAUUUGAAAAACUCUCCAUCUACCGCAGCAAGUGACCUUAUUUUAGAAACGGAUUCGACAAGUUCUUUAAAUGCUGCUUGUGCUCCCAUAAAUAAUUCACAAAGAGUUAACACAGAAAUGAAAUCUCUUAAAAAUACACAAGAUAUUAAUACAAACGCCAAAAGUGCACAAGAAAUAGAUGAUGCUGCAUUUAAUAAUAAUGUACAUACGUCGCCUUCGCAAGAACAAAAAAGUCCGGCGCACGUUCAAAAAAUAUCUAACUCGGUAGAGGAAAGUCAAAACAAUGAAACGGAUCAUGUUAAUACCGCUAAUGCAGAAGAUAAAGAAUUGCCAGUAACUAAUAUUAAUAAUAAUAUUAGUACAGGAACAAAGCCUGAAAGUGAUAAAUAUCAUGUAAAAAGUGAUAUUAAAACGGUAAAUACAGGAUCAAAGAUCGAUGCAUUAAGUGCUAAAUUACAAUAUCAACCAAAAAUAAGUCUUAUUAAUAAUACGUAUUCAAAAAAAGAGAAGAAAGAGAAGAAGGUACAUUUGCAUAAUGACAAAAAAUUAGAUAUUAAACAAUCAGAACGAGUACAGUCUAUGGAUAUGAAGAAUUUGCUAGAUAACCACAGUACAAAAACACCAACAAAUACUACAGUAUCUGUAUCGAAAGUGACAACUUCGCCAAAUACUGUAGUGCAACAAAAUCAAACUGGAUUGUCAACGACGCAACAUACAAAUUCAUUAAUUUCCUCUUCUGCAGUUUCUAAUGUGCAAGAAACAUCUGAGAAGGAUACUUCGACGCAGAGUAGUCAAAAUGCAGCCGUCACUGUACAACAAGCUUUAAAUUUACUCGACCAAAGGAUAAAUACUUCAGAACGGUCUUCCAUAGAGUCUACUGUAGAAGUAAGUCAACUAACAAAUUCGAAUGCCAGCGCGAACGCGAGCGUAAGCGCGAACGUGAAAGUACAACAACAAGUACGUAAUAACAACAACACAUUAUUAAAUGAAAUCCCUGCAUGUCUUAAUCAUAACAUAACAACACCCGCAACGAGUCAAACAACUUUAACGUUUCCAUACACAGUUCAGGAUAUAGUGAAUACUACGAUGUUAAAAAGUCCACAAAAGAACUCUAAUGUUUGUUCCACUCAAAAAGUAACGUCUUUACCUGUAAGUAGCGAAAGUAUGAAUAUAUCUUGCACAUCGGCGUCGGAUAAUCCACUAUGUUCUAUACCACACAUAAGUAUGCAAGCUCCAUCUAUGAGUAUUUAUUCUAUACCUAGUACAUUAAAGAAUAGCUAUUCUAAUGUUACUCAAAGUACAACAACUACAACAAUGGCUAGGCAAGAAUUAUCGAAACCUAAUUUUGAAAUAAGCGGGGUUUAUUCGGUACCACCUUGCCCAGAUGCUAUACCAAUAUCGCUAAUGAAACCAUUUGUACGCAAGCAUGAAGUUAUAGCAAAGGGCACAAACUUGAAUGAAAUUUGCGCUAAGAUUGGUACAUCGGGUUCUAAAAUAAAUGAUAUUUGUGCAAAAAUUGGAGAGAAUUCCAAAGAAAAGAAUAAGGCUGAAGGGCGUAAUAAAUCAGAUAUUCCAGAUUUACUUAAAAUAGCAAAGAAAGGAACGGCAACUGUUUCCGAAUCAACAGUAAAACACAUACCAAAUAUUCCUAAUGUACCAAUAUUUAGUCCUAAUACCAAUAUACCCGCAGAAAAUAAGAAUACUCACGUCGCCGUUAAGGAUAAUACUAACGCUGCUCCAAUAACAUCGACAUCCACGUCAGUGCCAACAUCUCACGGAUCGCAAAAGAUUUCUUCUCUUAAAAAACACAAUCAAUCGACUGGAUACAAGACGUUACGAGAUCCACCAAAAUCUUGGAAUCCUACAUUAUCAAAAAAUAAUUAUGUUGCAGUUAAAAAUCAGACUAAAGAAAUGCAAAGUACUCAAAGUACUGCCUCAGAAGGAACAAGUAAACACAUUCCAUCCAAGCCUGCUAAAAUUUUUAAAAUGAAAAAUAUGCCACGGUAUUUAGGUAAUCCAGCGUCAGGCGUGAAGCCAAUGUAUGGUAUUACAAAUGAAACUAAAGAGAAAGAACAGACGAGCUCGAAAGGCACUAGCUUGAACAUGAUGAAAAUUGAUCCUAAAACGUUAUCGCCAAUUGUUUCAACGUCCAAUUCUCCCAUCGUGUCUCCACCACCUUAUUCACCUAAUGCACGUAGUUAUCAGAAUACUCCAUUUUCGAGAGAGAUGUGUAGAAAUACAAAUUCACCUAUAUCUCCAAGAAAUUCACCGGUUAAUAUGCUCUCGACUAAUCCAUUUAUACCAUCUCCUACUCCAAAUACUAAUCCAAGGUUAAUAUAUUCUCAUUUUCCUCCACCUUUUCCAGAUGCAAGCGGCUUUCCAAAUCCAUUGAUAAGAUCACCUAUUGGCAUUCCUCCUCCUAGUGCUUUUCACAGUAGUUUACCGCCUACUAUAAAUAAACUUUACCAGCGUACAAGUUAUAUACCACAAACAACUGGCUAUUCAUCUGUGUCACAACCUCCAACGGUGCAAAGAAUUCCUCCGAGUACGCACUCGUCAUCACCAAAGUCACCAAAAACUUCCUCCCCCAGUAUCAUAUCAAAUUCCUUUAAUCCGAGCAAAACUGAAAAUACCCAAACCUCUGUAACUGCAUCGGUUGAUAAUGUAGCAGCGCUUUUUCCUAAAAACGUAACACAACAGGAUCACAAUGCCUUUAAUUUAUCUAAAAGUGGUACUUUGAGAAGCAAUUCUUCUAAUUCUACUAAAACUUGUGGAGUCGACGGAAUAGAUUCGCAAAAUUGUAAACAAAAUUCUAUGGUGACGUCUAGUUGUACCACAUCGACAACUCCAAGUAAACAGAAUAUUAUGAAUAGCAUUACAAAAGGAAAAUCGCAGCAAAUAUUAGAAACAAGAAACAUCGGUGAUACUGUCGAGCAAAAGAAUCAAGAUGGUAAUAAUCAGAUGGAUGCGGCUUUAAAUCAGAAAGAAAGUAUUCACUAUCCGAACGUGGACUGUAGAAGUACUACCGAACCAACUGAUAUAUGCAAACAAAUGGAAAAACAAGAAACAAAUAUUAAACUCAAUGGUGAUAUUAUGGUUGAUCAUUUUGAGAAUACAAACAAAGUUAAUGAACACGUGGUAGAUGGUAAGAAAAUCAAGGAAUCUACUAAUCAGACUGAUGCAAAUGUAUCUAAAGAAGAAAAUGAUACGUCUAAGUGUGUUUCACAAGGUAAUGUAUCUACUGAGAAAACUAAAAAAGCAGAAAACAAUGAAUCGAAGACAGAUGAUCUUGAAAAAGUAAACGAACAAGUGCAAAAAAAUAAUUUGGAUGUGCAAAAAAAUAAAAUUGAGUCAUAAGGGUGACACAGGGAUUCUGAUAUUAUCAAAUGAAAUUUAUUAAUUAAUGUCUACGAACAGCUGGAUAGAAUAUAAUAGUUGGAAAGAUUAUUUUUUGUUAGGCUUCAUUAUAAAUUUUAAUAAUGCUCUAAGCAUAGAUACAACUUUAUUUAAUAUUAGACAGUAAACUUAUUUGAUUAUAUUUUUAUUCUUUAUUUUAUAACGAUUUGGAAAUGUAAUAUAUUCAACAAGUACUCAAUGAUGGUACAACAUGCAUUUGCAAGGCCUGUUGUAAAGAGAUAAUCAUUUGUUGCAGUUUUUUACUUGUAUUAAUAGGAAAUAUUAUUUGUUAUAAAUAAUCUCUCUCUCUCUCUCUCUCUCUCUCUCUCUAGCCAGUUGUUUAUAGAAAUAAUUCAAUUUAAUAUCAUCACUCGUAAGCCAUACUUCACGUUAUUGUCAAUGGUGCAGUACAAUAGCAUACACUUGUUUAUAUUAUUGAAAAUCUAUAUUACUUGACAAGAUAAAUUUUGUUCUUGCUAUAUCAUUAGCUUUAUACUAAAUACGAUCAAAAUAUUGUUUCAGUAUAAUUUGAUUAAUUAAUUUUAAUAUUUGUCAUUAAUUGUUAUGAGUGAUUUUGCAAGACCAACUUUACAAUGUGUACAUAAUCGUUUCAUUAUGAUUAUGAGACUUAUAUAUAUUUACAAGAUGUAAAAUGUAGAUUAUAUUUUAAAUUUUUGCAAUUCAGAUUUUAUAGUUGCUAUUCAAAAAUUGAAACAAAUAUUCAUUCAUAGUAAAGAUUUGAAGGUUGUUUAAUCAUGGAGUGUUAAAUUUGCUGUUGCAAUGCAUUCUUAAAUAAAAGUUAAAGCUUGUAAAAGAAUUUUGAUAUAUAUGUAACAAUGUGUAUGGCUUAUAUUUUGUUUUGAUUAUUAGCAUGUAAUUAUAUUGCUUCAGAAAAGAUAAUGUAUAAAGAUUCAUAUACAAAAUUAAAUUAUUUUACACAAGUUGACAUAUUAUUGGAUAAACAAGAAGUGAAUAAGUAUAUCUAUACUGGCUAAUAGAAUUGCGCGAAAGCAGAUGCACUUUAUAAUGUUGGUGAAUUUUAAAAAUUUGCUAAUGUUUCGUAUUUAAUAGAUUGUAAUUAAGUAAUGUAAAUUGUAAGUUUUUAUGUACACGCUUAGUGCUUUUAUUUUUAUUAUUAUUUUAUUCAUAGCUAUAUAAACGCGUACAUUAAGAAUACUUGAGUAUAUUAUCUGUACAGCACAUAAGAUUACGACAUAAAAAGUAUAUUGUUUUAUUUUGUAAUUUUCUAACAAUAUUACUAAUACUUGAACUAUUUUAAUUUGUAUAUGUACAAAAAUCUACAUUUUAAGGAUAUUAAAGCAAAUAUA